AUCAACCACCGAAGACAGAAGAAGAAGAGAAGGGCACGCCCCCUAAAGUUAGCGUCUCUUUAUACAUCCAUGGUUAGCAUAGAUAGCUAACGCCGAUUAAGCUCACUAAGUCCCGCAGUAGUAGCGUUUAGCCUGUGAACAAUUAUAAAGCGGAGUGGCCACGAUGCAAGACGAUUAUUUGUGAGGAACGACCCAACCCACGUGCCAUGUCUCUGGUUUUCCCACGACCCAACACCAACGCAGUCCACGGCAAGAAGGAUAAGAGACUAAUGGCGGAAGUGAAUGCAUCGCCGCUCAAGCAUUUUGUCACAGCAAAGAAAAAGAUCAACGGGAUCUUUGAACAGCUGGGGGCCUACGUCAAGGAGAGCACUUCUUUUGUCGAUGACACUUACAAAAAUGAGGAGCUGGACCCGGUCACCACAGAGGAGCAGGUCCUGGAGGUGCGGGGUUACCUGGCCAAGGUGGCAGGGAUCGGAGAAGUGCUCGCACGCAGACAUAUGAAGGUUGUCUUCUUCGGGAGGACCAGUAACGGGAAGAGCUCUGUCAUCAACGCUAUGCUGUGUGACAAGGUGCUGCCAUCAGGAAUAGGACACACCACCAACUGCUUCCUGAGGGUGGAGGGCACAGAUGGCAACGAGGCCUUCCUCCUCACUGAAGGCUCUGAGGACAGGAAGAGCAUUAAGACGGUGAACCAGUUGGCCCACGCCCUCCACCAGGAUGAGGACCUGGAUGCUGGCAGUCUGGUGUGUGUCAUGUGGCCGAAAGCCAAGUGUGCUCUGCUCAGGGAUGACCUGGUGUUGGUGGACAGCCCGGGUAUAGAUGUCACCACUGAACUGGACAGCUGGAUCGAUAAGUUCUGCCAGGAUGCUGAUGUGUUUGUUCUGGUGGCGAACUCUGAGUCCACACUGAUGCAGACGGAGAAGUCCUUCUUCCACAAAGUCAACGAGCGGCUCUCCAGUCCCAACAUUUUCAUCCUCAACAACCGCUGGGAUGCCUCCGCCUCAGAACCUGAAUACAUGGAGGAGGUCCGUAGACAGCAUAUGGACCGCUGCAGCAACUUCCUGGUGGAUGAGCUGAGGGUGGUGGACCGGGCCCAGGCCAGUGACCGCAUCUUCUUCGUCUCUGCAAAGGAAGUCCUUCAGGCUCGUGUGCAGAAGGCUCAAGGGAUGCCUGAAGCAGGGGGGGCUCUUGCAGAAGGAUUUCAAGCCAGAAUGUUUGAGUUCCAGAACUUUGAGAGGAGAUUCGAGGAGUGCAUCUCUCAGUCAGCAGUGAAGACCAAGUUUGAGCAGCACACCGUGAGGGCCAAGCAGAUCUCUGAAGCCCUGCGACGCAUCAUGGACUCUGUUCACGUGGCUGCGCAAGAGCAGAGGAUCUACUGCCUCGAAACCAAAGAGGACCGUCAGGACCGGUUGGAGUUCAUAGACAAGCAGUUGGACUUGUUAACCAUGGACUGUAAGGCCAAAAUCAAGAAGAUCACUGAGGAGGUGGAGAGACAGGUGUCCAAUGCCAUGUCAGAGGAGAUCAGGAAGCUUAACGUGCUCGUGGAUGACUUCCACAUGGACUUCCACCCAGCAUCAGUGGUGCUCAAGGUCUAUAAGAACGAGCUGCACCGUCACGUAGAGGAAGGUCUGGGCAGCAACAUGUCGGGGAGGUGCUCGACCUCCAUCACCAGCGCCCUGCAGGCCACACAGACCGACAUGAUCGAUGGUCUGAAGCCUCUGCUGCCCCCCCCAGUCAGAGAGCAGGUAGACAAGUUGGUCCCCCGGCAGUGCUUCAGCCUCAGCUACGACCUGGCCUGUGACAAGCUGUGCAGCGACUUCCAGGAGGACAUCAGCUUCCACUUCUCCAUGGGCUGGACCAUGCUGGUCAACCGCUUCCUGGGGCCCAAGAACACUCGGCGGGCCCUCAUGGGCUACAACGACCAGGUCCCCCGGCCCCUGGCCCUGACUCCGGUCAGCAGCAGCAUGCCUCCGUUCCCUCAGGGCUCCGUGACUCAGGAGGAGCUGAUGGUCUCCAUGGUGACUGGUCUUGCUUCCCUCACCUCACGUACUUCCAUGGGUGUACUAGUCGUUGGUGGCGUGAUCUGGAAGGCGGUUGGCUGGCGUCUGAUCGCCCUGUCAGUGGGUCUGUACGGUCUCCUCUACAUCUACGAGCGGCUCACCUGGACCACCAAGGCCAAGGAGAGAGCCUUCAAGAGACAGUUUGUGGACUACGCCAGCGAGAAGCUGCAGCUCAUCGUCAGCUACACCGGCUCCAAUUGCAGCCACCAAGUGCAGCAGGAGCUGGCCAGUGUGUUUGCUCAGCUCUGCCAGCAGGUGGACGUGACUCGUCAGAACCUGGAGGAUGAGAUCACCGACAUGAACAGCAAGAUCGAGCUGCUGGACAGCCUGCAGAGCAAGGCUAAGCUGCUGCGGAACAAGGCGGGCUGGCUGGACAGCGAGCUGAACAUGUUUACCCAGCAGUACCUCCACCACAGCAAGUAAAGCACUGAGCCUCCACCUGGGGACGGACACCACUCAAAGAACAGCCCCCCCCCCCCUCUAGAGGACACUUCUGAGAUUUGAAGUUGAGAGGAAAGAUCCUGUGUUGGGAAGAGGAGGGGGGAGACAAAAGCUUUGGAUAUGAGUGGAAGGUUACCCAGUGGUUAUGGUUUGGGUGGCGGUGGGAGGCUUAACCAAGGCUUAACCCCCCCCCCCCAGAACAGGAGUCCAGUCUGAGCUCUCUCUCCCCUCCCCCCUGUCCCUUCCCUGCUACUGAGUAUAAUGCCGUGUGUGUAGAUGUGAUUUUGUAUAUACAUUUGAACAAGUGCCAUGCUGACGUAAAAGGCAGUAGCCAUCAGGGAGUGGAAUAAAGGGUAAAUGAUAGGGGGAUUAUGCACCACAAUUUAUUUCUCCAAUUGUAUAUUUAGUCAAUUUAGGGAAUAGUCAGAAAUGGAAUUGUUGGAGUUUGUCACUGGAAGAGCUGUGGAGCUGUGGUCUGCAGAGGGUUUCUUUAAGUACAUCUUCAUUUUUGCAAGGUCGUUUGGUCUGUAACUGCUAAGAUUUGAGCAUGUUUAUAAUCUAAGACUCAUUUAAGGUAACUUAGAGGUUGCAUCCAGUGCUGCUUCGGCUAACUGGAGUUCUGAAUCAUGGCAAAUAGUUCUAUUUACAUGGUGGAACUUCCGACUUAAAUUUCAGAAAUGACCUGUUCUUGGGAUUCUCCCUCUCUAAGCACUGAGGUGUGGCAGCAUAGGAAAUCUUACAUUAGAUUCUUUCAACAGCAAAAAGUUUAGUUUGUUGAUGUGUGAAGGUCAGCGAGUCAGGACGGAAACAAAAUGAGAGCGUGCAACUUAAUUCAGCUUUCUACAAUUCAACUAUUUCAGACCAUAGAACAUCUUCAAUGCAGCCAUAACAAUGUUCCAUACAUAUCUGAGAAAGCCACCUUCCAAGCCGCACAUUAGAUAGCGUAUCAUAUGCUCAUGUAAGAGGGUAGCAUUGUGUUGGUGACCUGUGUAUCAUCACCCCCCCCCCCCCGGCAUUUUCUUUGUGCAUUAAACUAGUUGUGUUGCACUGAAUGCAUAUGUUGGCCCCUCUGUCUCUCUCUCUCUCGCUCUCUCCCCUCCCCGUCCCCCGUCAAUGUCACUUGGUUUCCCUUCAGAGGCGGCAGGAAUGGAAGGACAGCACUACAAUGACACAGCCGAUUUUGAAUAAAACCACAAACACAUAGGAACAUGUGCUCACCCUGUCAUCUGGCAACAUAGUUCUAAGUGAUUCCGUUUUUGCAGUAGAUGUAUAAAUUAUAGAUUUAGGCAGAGAAUUCUAGAGUGCUAUUGGCCUUUAUGCGUAAAUUAACUAACGUUUCCAAGAGUGGGUACAUCCAGCAACAGCUGCCCUUUUUGGAAUGAAAUUGUGCUCUUGGGAUGAAACUGUGUAUAUAAUGUAAUUUAAUAGUUUGCCUUUCAAUCUGAAAGUGUGGCAGUGCUGAGAGCACACAGGACGUGCCUGAUGUGCUCCGUGUGCCGUGUUGGUGAUGAGCUUUGGACUGAAGUCAUCACUGCAUGAGGCCAAGAGAGCGGGAAGAGUGAAGAAAUGCACUUUAUUGAGUUGCUGCUUUUUAGAAUUUUUUAAAAAUCUUCAAUUAAGUUAAAAAUGUUCCCCAUAAUCCCUGAACACUCCACUCUGUAGCUGAGUCUGGCUCAGGAAGGAGAAGGAACCUGCAUGCAGUGGCUGUUGUUGUUUGAUGUCCGCUUAAAAUGUUCAAUCAUAUGAAUGUUUGAAUUAAAGGUGACGCCAUGAAGUAA